AUGUCAGCCACGCUUGAGAAGCUGCCCACUGCGGCCCUGCUCAAGAUCACGGGUUACCUCCACGGCCCCCUUGACAUCCUUGCGCUUGCCUGCGUCAACAAGACCAUGCACGAGCGUGUCACCACCCGGGCGCAACAGAUUCUCGGCCCCAUCAUUGCCCGCAACAUCUUCGCUAUCAAUAUUCACGUCCUCCUGCGUGUUGCGUACGCGACGACCCUCUUCCGCGACUGCCUCCCCAAGCUCUCCGAGUUUGCGCUCCCGGCCCCCAUUCAGAUCCACGACUUCGCCGUCCUCGCCUGCGCUGCUCACCUCGCAGGCCACACGACGAAACUGGUCAUCAAAAAGGGCAUGGAGCUUGUGUUCAACCAGUCCCUGUGCCCUUUUACCCCCGUCCUGUCUUACACGACGGCCGCCUACGCCACCUGGCUGAACAAGGGAAUCUGCAUCCAACGUUGCGCCCUCAUCGACUACGCAGCGCGCAUCUGGCUCUCGAAGCAGAUGGCCGCCCCAGACAGCCCGCGCUUCGCCUGGAGAGACUUUCUUCUCGACUUGUACCCGGCCGAGACGGUCAACAACGGGCUCUGGUGCGAGCACUGGUGUUCCCUUGUGCAGGAUGCAUAUAUGCCAGAGGGUCAGUGGAGACAGCUCGUCACGAGAGCGAUUCAGGCGCGGCUAUGA